AUGAGACUUCUUGUUCCAAUGUCCCUGCUCGUCGCAGGUCUAGCAGAGGCAUCACAAUUCGUGCUCUCUUACGAACCGAAAACUGGAAACGUCGCUUAUACGCUGCCGACACAGCGCACAUUUCUGCUCAACGUCCCGGAAACCUAUGCCCACGGGGAAGAUUAUCCUCUCGUGCUUUCUUUUCAUGGUGCUGGCGGGCUCAGUGAGAAACAGCAGCGUAUCACGGAGCUCUCCGAUCCGUCCCUGCGCAUAGCAGGGAAGCCUUUCUUGACAGCGUACGCCCAGGGAGUCAACAACACCGACUGGAACAUGACGCACAUCUGGAAAGGGGCUCCAUACGAAAACACAACCGUGGAUGAUAUUGCUUACGUCUACGACAUGAUCAACACCGUCUCAUCGACCUACAGCAUUGACCAGGCACGUAUCUACGCGUGCGGCAAGUCCAACGGCGGAGGAUUCACGGCGCUCCUGGCAUGCCGGCCUGACACGUCUUCCAUCAUUGCCGCCUUCGCGCCCGUGUCCCCAGCGCUGUACCAGGGCACUUAUGCUUUCUACAACUGCACUCCGUCCCGUCCGGCCCCGAUCCUCCACGCGCACGGCGUAGAAGAUAGGAUCACCGAGUUUCUGGGUCGAAGUCCGCUAGACGGCUCAUUCGGCCCCGAGCCAGACGUCCGCUUGUGGAGGAGGCAGUGGGCUGAGCGCAACGGGUGCAAGGGGCGAUUCGCUGGCGAAUGGCCUCAGCCCAGCGUGACGGAGGUACAUCCCGGUGCCUGGCAGGAAUCGUGGGACUGUCCGGGGGCGGAAGUGAGGGGCUUGACGGUUGAAGGGUUGGGCCACGCGUGGCCCUCGACAUUGGGGUUGGACCUGACGGGCAGUCCGAACCAGACGGCAAACUUUAACUUCACGAGCCAGCACUUGGUCCAUUUCUUUUCGCGGCAUAAAUUGCCGUGA